ACGCAGCUGCAGCUGUGUCAGGACUUUUUCAGUGCUGCAUCUCGAUGUAGUCUGAAGCACCGAGCGCUGACCUCGGUGUCCUUCACUGUCAAGACGUUAAAUGUUCCAGCUGCAACAUGAUAUUAUCAUCUGCUAAACUGUGGCUGCUCGCAGGUUUUGUGCUGCUCUGCAUUUCCAGAGCGGCUCAAUCGAAAAGGAAUUUUAGAUGUCCUUCAGGAUGCACCUGCACCAAGGAGACCAUCAUCUGCGUCGGGACGUCUCAGAUCCCUCGCACCGUCCCCAGCGACAUCAACUCUCUGAGCAUCGUCAAUGGAUCAAUUAGUGAAAUCACAGAGGGGAUGUUUUCACUCAUGCCAUCUCUUCAGUUGUUGCUUCUCAAUGCCAAUUCUUUGAAAACAAUCAAAGAUGAUGCUUUCUCCAGCCUUCUGCAUCUCGAAUAUUUAUUCAUUGAGGGAAACAAGAUUGAAACUAUCUAAAAUGCCUUUCGCGGUCUACGAGAUUUGACACAUUUGUCACUUGCCAAUAAUAAGUUGAGGUCUCUGCCAAGAGAUCUCUUUUUCGACUUGGACUCUUUGCUGGAACUGGACCUGCGAGGUAACAACUUCCAGUGCAUUUGUGAGAACAAGUGGCUGAUGGUGUGGCUGAAAAACACAAACGCCACAGUGUCGGAUGUUUACUGCACAGGGCCCAGUGACAUGAAGGGCAAGCGGCUCAAUGACCUCCCUAUUGCACCGGGCAAGUGCAUGUCCACAGACUUUGUCCGCCAUCAGUCCAUUCCCAUUCAGUCAAUGUCGGCGGACAUCUUCUCCUUUAAAGAAGACAUCUACGUAGCAAUGGGCGCACCCAAUUCUAACAGCUGUGUGAUCAUGGAGUGGGAUCACAUUGAAAUGAAUUUCAGAAAAUUUGAUAAUAUAACAGGGAAAUCUGUCGUUGGAUGUAAGUCUAUACUGGUUGACAGUCACGUCUUGAUCAUUGUUACACAGCUCUUUGGUGGAUCCCACAUUUAUAAAUUUGAUGAGCAGCAAAACAAGUUUACUAAAUUUCAAACUAUUGAGGUCUUCAACAUCUCAAAGCCAAAUGACAUUGAGGUCUUCCAGAUGGAUGGUGAGUGGUACUUCGUUAUCGUGGACAGCUCCAAGGCUGGCCUGUCCACACUGUACAAGUGGACCGAGCAAGCAGACCGCAAUGAAACUGGCUUCUACUCCUACCAGUUUCUCCAUGAAUGGUUCCGUGACACAGACGCCGAGUUCAUCGACAUAGACGGGAAGUCUUACCUUAUUUUAGCCAGUCGCUCCCAGCCGCCAGUCAUCUACCUGUGGAACAAGAGCUCCCUGAAGUUCAUGCUUCAAGGUGAAAUCCCAAACACUGACGACGUGGUGGCUGUCAAAGCUUUUUGGCUGGACAGUGACCUGUAUCUAGCUCUGACUUGCUACAUUGGUGAUUCCCAAGUCCUCAGGUGGCGCAAUAAGCAGUUUUCUGAGGUGCAGCCUCUGCCUUCACGAGGAGCAAUGAUCCUCCAGCCGUUCACCUUCUCAGACAGGCACUACCUCGCCCUCGGUAGCGAUUACUCUUUCACACAAAUCUACCUCUGGGAUAUGGAGAGCAAGACCUUUAAAAAGUUCAAGGACAUUUAUGUGCAGUCACCUCGGUCGUUUGCUGUGAUCACCACUGAUCGGAGGAAUUUCAUCUUCUCUUCUAGUUUCAAGGGAAAAUCUCUUGUUUUUGAGCACAUCAUAAUAGAUUUAAGCUUAUAAAUGCAGGCAAAGUAAAUACAUGUAAUAAUAUGGGUUUGUCUCAGAUUCUUUUUUGUGUGUAAGUGACAUAGCAAUUCCAAAUCCUGCUUAUAUUUUUUAUGCAAAUAUAUCUGUGCAUCUUUCUUGACCUGAGACAAACUUCAGCUCGUGCAUUUCGACAUCCAUGACCAGUUUGUCACUUUCAAACAGACACAACGAUACAUCACAUUUAAAACAUAACAUAACUAAACAGCAUGAUAAUAGCAUCGUCAGUGUAAUCUAAUGUAAAAGUGGGGCUUUUCAUGAUUUCAUUAUGAUACAGGAUGUCUAAAAGUACCACAAAGAAAACUUUUUCAUGUCAUUAUUCUGAAACUUUCACAUCUCAGUUAAGUGUCAUGACUGGUGAUGUUG